AUCGACUGGGCCAGCUCUGAGUCGCAGGUAGAAGAUUGUAUGAUGAAGGGUAGAGAGAAGGUAACAGAAUCUGCUCAUUCUACAUAUACAUCUGGCAUAGUUUACCCUACAUAUAGGCCGUGUCCGAUAUCUGUCUGGCUUACUACUUACUAAUACUACAUACUGUGUGCUAUUCAUACUACAUACUAUUUAGAAUGUACUGUUUAGUAAAAAUCUAUGCAGUAACAACAAAUAUCAAAAUACUAGGCUCCCUCAUACUGAGAAUACACCAUCUACUGAGCAAUUUAGUUGUUUGCCGCCAUUUGCACAUUUUGGUACAGCACAGCCUCAUAUGAUUAUUAGCUGAUUAUCUGCUGUUUUAAACACGUGGUUCUGAAAAGACGAUUCUCUUCCUCAAUAGCAUGAAAGGAAUUUGUACUAGUUAAAAGGCAGAAAUGAGUUUACAUCCUUGCAUUUAAAGCAUAUUCAUUAAAAAAAUAUAUAUAUAUAUAAUGACAUACUGAACUAUAAAAUGUUCUAUUUUCGCAUCCCUAAUCAGCCUACAAUUUAAAAUGCAAGCAAGGAUAUUCAGACACGGCCAUACACUUCUGGUUAACUACCUACCUAACCUCCCCUCUAUCUCUCCCUCUCUCCCCCCCUAACUCCUCCCUUUCUCCCCCCCCCCCCCCCCCCCCCCCCCCCCCCCCCCUACAGCCAGAGUGUGCUAACUACAUCAAGGUGUUGCAGCAGUUUAACACAACCCACCUGUUGGCCUGUGGAACAGGAGCAUUUAACCCUCUCUGUGUCACCAUCAGGGUGGGACACACAGGACAGGUGAGCAGGAUUGGGAUUUUUGCCUUGGAUUUAUUGCAAAUAAGGCUGAAAUGCAAACAUAUAGAAGGACAUACUGCUGGUUUGGCUCAGUCUCAUCAUCUGUUCUUUAGACACAGGCAGCCUCAACACAUCCAAUGGUCAAUUUGUGUUUCCUCAGAGAGACAGGGAGUUUGUUUAUUCAUCUGAAGGAGAUACACACAGAUACACAAGGAGUGACAUUAUUGACGUUUGUGUGUCCUUUGAGAGAGAAAGGGAGAAGAAGAGAAAGAGGAAGUUGGUACUGAUAGUUUGUUUGUGUCCUCUUAGAGAGAGGGAGUGUGUUUGUCUGGACUGUGAGUUAGUUUAAUUUAUAUCAUCCACUGUCUGUCUGAGAGGACCUGUGACAACAGCACCAGCAGGGAAAACAAACCAGUCUCCCACAAGACUUCAGUCAGAAUAAAGAACAGAACAUGCUAUGGCUAAGGUCAAGCUCAGGGAUGUCUGUGUGUCACUACACCAAAUACCCCUGUUUCAUACCUCUAAUUAUCCGUACACAUCUGACGACUCCACUAAAGACUUGUAUCUGUGAUGACUCAAAAGCAGAUUUAUCUUGUGACUGUUUGAUAAUGGUAACACAGGGGUGGCAAUAGUCAAUAGGGACUAGCAAUCCGGACUGCCACUGUGUCCAGCCUGAGACCCCCCCCCCCCCCGCUUGCUGAGAGGUGCUACUACUAACGGUAGCUAGAUGAUGGAACAUAUCGUGAAACUCAUACCUCACCAUUGUCAAAGCCCCCCACCCCCCACCCUCCUGUGCGCAAGUGCGAGCGAGCGUGUGUGUGUAUUCUCAAUGAUACCUGUUGGUCCCCAGGCCAGGCAUUUUGAGCUGGAGGAGCAGAGUGUAGAAAGUGGCAGAGGGAGAUGUCCCUACGACCAAAACAGCCCCGUUACCUCCACCCUGGACAGUAAGAACACAACACACUACAAGACAUUAUCACUUCUGUUCUGUUGUUUCAUAAUAUGUUAUUUUCUCAAUAUCUCUCUGUCUCAGGCACACUUAACCCUAACCCUUUUAGAUUACUGAUACUCUAGUAGAAUUGCUGUUACUGAGUAUAUUAUAUCAUCCACUGUCUGUCUGAAAAACUUUGCUCUGAUGAAAUAUCUGGUUUAUUAUGCUUCUCUGUAUGUGUGUGUGUGUGUGUGUGUGUGUAUGUGUGUCUGUGUGUGUGUGUGUUAGGAGGAGAGCUGUAUAUUGGCCUGUAUACAGACUACUGGGAAAAUGAUGCAGCUCUGUGUCGACUGAACAACCAGAGCUACACACGCACUGAGAGAGACAACAGACAACAGCUCAACGGUCAGUGACCAGGAAUUUAUGGUUCUCUCAUUAUUACCUUCUGUUUGAUCUCUGCACCUCACCCACACUUAGUGCCUUCAGAAAGUAUUCGUACAUCUUGACUUCUUUCACAUUUUGUUGUGUUACAGCCUGAAUUCACAAUAGUUCAAUAUGUUUAUUUCUCACCCAUCUACACACAAUACCCCAUAAUGACAAAGUGAAAACAUGUUUUUAGACAUUUGGUUGCUCUAAUAAUUCAACCUUGAGUAUCUGAAGUCGCAGUGUCUAUGGAUAAUCAUUCUUUACUCCGGCCUCACAUCUGGUGACAGCGGUGGUUCUUUCAAGACUGGAAGCUAACGAACUCCGCCGGCUUUUGGACUAUCCUAACUGCAUGUGGAGCUGAUUCGGAGCUACUGACUAUCUAGCUUGUUUCCCGACCUGGUUGGUGGUUCUGUGCUAAAGAGGUUUAUCGUGAGUGCCAUCAGCAAUGCUUAUGACUGCAGGACUUCAACAUUGGUAACUGUGACUACUUCAAGCAACGUGGGACCCUUGUGGCUGUAUUUUGUCUGGCAAUGAUCAUAUUGAAAAGGAUUAUUCCUCUUAUGUUGGACAUUGUUUCCCCAUUGUCCACGUGCUAUCUUUGCUAGAUAAUGUUAGGUAACCCUCUUUGUGUGUUAGCUAGCUAGCUGGCUAGAUAGUAGCUAGCUUUACCUCACCUGUUCUGGACAGGUGUACUGAGUAUACGAAGACGCAGGAUGCAGAUGCAGGAAUUAACAAGGUCAAGGUUUAUUUAACAAUGACAAAGAGAAAUAACAAAGAGUAAAUGACACGAAGCUAAACAAUCACACACAACAUCAUACAGAACAGUCCAGGGCUAAAUAGGGGUGGUGAUGAGAUGAGGUGCUGGUGCUGGUGCGCUGGAGGUGAUUAGGCUGUGUUGGGUUUCCAUUCCGGUGUUGCCGAGGUGGUGCGCUCAGACCGGUGGCUCAGUAGACCGGCGAAUCAGAGCGCCGGAGGGGAGCAACGGGAGGAGAUGUGACAGCCGCUGGACAUCGCCGGCCAGGAGGACGAGGAGCGGGCCGGUCAGGGCGGCGACGGUGGAAGUCCUGAAUUAGGUUGUGGUCCAGCACGUCCCCAGCCGGAACCCAGCUCCUCUCCUCAGGACCAUACCUCUCCCAGUCAGAGGACCAGGAUCCACCGGCCUGAGGAGAGACAUGAAAAGUGGGUGAGACACGGUAGUGAGGGGGAAGGAGCAGCCGGUACGAUACCUUAUUUAUCUGCGGAGGACCUUAAACGGCCCCACAAACUGGGGGCUCCGUUUUUUGCAGGGCAGGCGGAGGGGGAGGUUUUUUGUGGACAGCCAGACACGAUCCCCAGGCUGGAAUACAGGGGCCUCACUGCGGUGGCGGUCGGCUUGCCGACGAAUGGCCCUCUGGAGAUGGACAUGGGCGGCGUCCCAGAUCGGUCCGGCCCUGUGGAACCACUCGUUGACAGCGGGCACAUUGGUCUGGCUGGGUGUCCAAGGGGCCAGGGCCGGCUGGUACCCCAGGACGCACUGGAAGGGAGUGAGCCCCGUGGAGGAGUGAACGAGAGAGUUCUGGGCAUAUUCUGCCAAGGGAAGAAACCUCGCCCACUCAUCCUGCCGGUCCUGACAGUGGCAACAAAGAAACCUCCCCAGCUCCUGGUUCAUGCACUCCACCUGCCCAUUCGACUGAGGCCUAUACCCGGAAGUGAGGCUGGCUGUGGCACCGAUCUUCUCCAGGAAAGCCUUCCACACUCGGGAGGUGAAUUGGGGGCCACGGUCCGAGACGAUGUCCUGCGGAAGUCCAUAAUGCCGGAAGACCUGUUGGAACAGGACCUCAGUGACCUGUAGAGCAGAAUGAAGACCAGUUAGUGGCAAAAACGGCAUGAUUUGGAGAACCUACAGUGGGGAGAACAAGUAUUUGAUACACUGCCGAUUUUGCAGGUUUUCCUACUUACCAAGCAUGUAGAGGUCUGUAAUUCUUAUCAUAGGUACACUUCAACUGUGAGAGACGCAAUCUAAAACAAAAAUCCAGAAAAUCACAUUGUAUGAUUUUUAAGUAAUUAAUUUGCAUUUUAUUGCAUGACAUAAGUAUUUGAUACAUCAGAAAAGCAGAACUUAAUAUUUGGUACAGAAACCUUUGUUUGCAAUUACAGAGAUCAUACGUUUCCUGUAGGUCUUGACCAGGUUUGCACACACUGCAGCAGGGAUUUUGGCCCACUCCUCCAUACAGACCUUCUCCAGAUCCUUCAGGUUUCGGGGCUGUCGCUGGGCAAUACGGACUUUCAGCUCCCUCCAAAGAUUUUCUAUAGGGUUCAGGUCUGGAGACUGGCUAGGCCACUCCAGGACAUUGAGAUGCUUCUUACGGAGCCACUCCUUAGUUGCCUUGGCUGUGUGUUUCGGGUCGUUGUCAUGCUGGAAGACCCAGCCACGACCCAUCUUCAAUGCUCUUACUGAGGGAAGGAGGUUGUUGGCCAAGAUCUCGCGAUACAUGGCCCCAUCCAUCCUCCCCUCAAUACGGUGCAGUCGUCCUGUCCCCUUUGCAGAAAAGCAUCCCCAAAGAAUGAUGUUUCCACCUCCAUGCUUCAUAGUUGGGAUGGUGUUCUUGGGGUUGUACUCAUCCUUCUUCUUCCUCCAAACACGGCGUGUGGAGUUUAGACCAAAAAGCUCUAUUUUUGUCUCAUCAGACCACAUGACCUUCUCCCAUUCCUCCUCUGGAUCAUCCAGAUGGUCAUUGGCAAACUUCAGACGGGCCUGGACAUGCGCUGGCUUGAGCAGGGGGAACUUGCGUGCGCUGCAGGAUUUUAAUCCAUGAUGGCGUAGUGUGUUACUAAUGGUUUUCUUUGAGACUGUGGUCCCAGCUCUCUUCAGGUCAUUGACCAGGUCCUGUCGUGUAGUUCUGGGCUGAUCCCUCACCUUCCUCAUGAUCAUUGAUGCCCUACGAGGUGAGAACUUGCAUGGAGCCCCAGACCGAGGGUGAUUGACCGUCACCUUGAACUUCUUCAAUUUUCUAAUAAUUGUGCCAACAGUUGUUGCCUUCUCACCAAGCUGCUUGCCUAUUGUCCUGUAGCCCAUCCCAGCCUUGUGCAGGUCAACAAUUUUAUCCCUGAUGUCCUUACACAGCUCUCUGGUCUUGGCCAUUGUGGAGAGGUUGGAGUCUGUUUGAUUGAGUGUGUGGAAAGGUGUCUUUUAUACAGGUAACGAGUUCAAACAGGUGCAGUUAAUACAGGUAAUGAGUGGAGAACAGGAGGGCUUCUUAAAGAAAAACUAACAGGUCUGUGAGAGCCGGAAUUCUUACUGGUUGGUAGGUGAUCAAAUACUUAUGUCAUGCAAUAAAAUGCAAAUUAAUUACUUAAAAAUCAUACAAUAUGAUUUUCUGCAUUUUUGUUUUAGAUUCCGUCUCUCACAGUUGAAGUGUACCUAUGAUAAAAAUUACAGACCUCUACAUGCUUUGUAAGUAGGAAAACCUGCAAAAUCGGCAGUGUAUCAAAUACUUGUUCUCCCCACUGUAUCUACGACCACCAUGACUGUGGUGAAGCCGUCAGAACAUGGAAGGUCGGUGACAAAGUCUAUGGACAGGUGUGACCAAGGUCGAUGAGGCACUGGGAGAGGAACUAGUUUGCCUGCCAGGGCAUUCCGAGGUGUCUUCGUUUGGGCACAUACGGAACAGGAGUUGACAUGGCAGGAGACAUCAGAAGCCAAGGUGGGCCACCAGUAUUUUUGGGCUAGAGAAUGCAGGGUGCACGUAAUACCAGAGUUCCAUGCCGUAAGGGUAGUUUGCGCCCAGAUCAGAAGGCGGUCACGGACACUGGUGGGUACAUACACGUGCCCGGAGGGGCUUUGGUAGGCGCUGGGUCCUCCUGAGCCACCAGGCGGAUGUCUUCAUCCACAUCCCAAACGACAGGUGCAACAAUGAGAGACGAGGGCAGGAUAAGACCCCCCAGAUCCUUCCUUUCUCCGGUAUGGUGCAUCCUGGAGAGUGUGUCGGCCUUCACAUUCUGGAAUCCUGGGCGGUAGGAAAGAAUGAAUUUGAAGCGAGUGAGAAAUUGGUCCCACCUGGCUUGACGAGAUUUCAUCCGUUUCGCUGCCCAUAUGUGCUCCAAAUUCCGGUGGUCAGUAAGAAUCCAGAAUGGAUGGACUGCACCCUCCAGCCAAUGUCUCCAUUCCUCCAGAGCAAGGACCACCACCAACAGCUCCCUGUCUCCAACUCCAUAGUUCCUCUCUGCAGGGGUAAGCUUUUUAGAGAAGGCACAGGGAUACAUUUUCUCUGGCUUACCGUGCCGCUGGGAGAGGACCGCACCCACGCCCUCCUCCGAUGCAUCCACCUCCAGGAUGAAAGGAUGAGAUAGAUCUGGGUGUUUUAGGAUGGGCGCUGUGGUGAGCCUCUCCUUCAGCCUCUUGAAGGCAGCGUCAGCCUCAGGGUUCCAGGCCAGCUUCUGAGGCCCACCCUUAAGGAGAGAGGUGAGUGGGGCAGCUAUGGAGCUGAAGGGCCUGAUGAAAUGCUGGUAGAAAUUAACAAAGCCCAGGAAGCUCUGUAGGCGCUUGAUGGUGGUGAGAACUGGCCAUGACCUGACGGCGUCCGUCUUCACUCCUUCCAUGAACACCCCCUGAGGACUGAUCCAGUAUCCCAGGAAGGAGAUGGCCUGUUGGUGGAAUUCGCAUUUCUCCCCCUUUACCAACAGGCGGAGUAGGACAGCUUGGACGUCCCUGACGUGCUCCUCGAACGUAGCCGAGUAGAUCAGGAUAUCGUCGAUAUACACCACCACCUGUCUACUCAGCAUGUCCUGGAACACGUCAUUGAUGAAGGACUGGAACACAGAAGGUGCGUUGGCGAGGCCGUAGGGUUUGACGCAGUAUUCAUAUGGCCUGAGGUAGUGCCUAAUGCUGUCUUCCACUCAUCUCCUUCCCGUAUUCGGAUCAGGUUGUAGGCACUCCUCAGGUCCAACUUGGUAAAUUACCGGGCCCCACGUAGCUGCUCGAUGGCCGACGAAACCAGAGGGAGGGGGUACCGGUACUUGGUGGUGACUGCGUUCAGCCCCCUGUAGUCAAUGCAUGGUCUCAGUACUCCGUCUUCUUUGGCCACGAAGAAGAAGCUGGCGGAGGCAGGAGAGGUAGAGCGUUUGAUGAACCCCUGUUUCAGGGUGUCCGCCACAUACUUCUCCAUGGCCUCAGUCUCCGCCAUGGAAAGGGGGUAAAUGCGACUCUUCGGGGAGUGUUGUCCCUCCGGCAGGUCAAUGGCGCAGUCCCAGGGCCUGUGAGGAGGGAGACACGUAGCCUUUAAUGAAGAGAAGACAUCGGAGAGAUCUGCGUACUCAUGUGUAAUGUUGGGCUGGAGGGCGGACUCGGGACUCUCCACUAAUGUGAAACAACAAACCACUGGCAGGCAGGUCUUCUGGCAUGAGGUGGCCAGACUGUGAUCCUCUUGGUGCUCCAAUUGAUGGUGGGGUUGUGUAGUCUGAGCCAGGGCAAUCCCAAGACCACCCGGUGAAGGGGUGAUGUGACGAUGUGGAAUGACAGCUCCUCGUGGUGCUCCGGUAGUGUGGGAAUGGUGAUGGUGAUGGGGAGAGUGAUGUGCGUAAUGGUGCCUGACCAAAGGGGUUGAUUGUCCAGUGACGUGACGUGUAGCGGAGAUGGCAGUUGCACGGUGGGAAACCCCCAUUCAGAGACCAGCUCCCUAUCUAUAAGGUUCCCCGCUGAUCCGGAAUCUAUCAUAGCAGUAGAAAUGGAAGAGAAGGAAUAACCAGUCACCGUUAUGGGAACUAAAAACAAUGGUUUUGUGAUAGGAGCUGACGUAACACUCACGGAGCGGCGACGGGAGUCAUACCGCCUAGAUAGGGAGCCGCCAGGAGAUCUGUGGUCCGUGGUGGUGUAGGGGGUGCUACCCACCUUCAUGGGUGAGGACUCGGAAGCAGGGCGGCUUCCAUAGCUCAGAUGGCGUGAGCGUCAAGGCUCCGGGAGGUGUUGGGAACGUCGUCUCUCUCUCAACAUGUCGUCAAGACAUGAAAAAAUAAAAAUAAAAAUAAAUGUCAAAACAGAUGGACGUAGUGAUGAGGGUAUCAAGGUCCAUCUCAUCAUCCCGACAUGCGAGUUCCAUCUUGUAAGCCUCUCCUGAAGGCCGUGCGCAGAGCAUGCUCAUUCCAGCCAGAAGACACCGCCACCGUGCGAAAGCUCAGAGCAUACUCGGACGCGGGCCCCUCUCUCUGUUGUAGAUGGAGGAGACGCUCACCCCCGUCCUUUCCCUCCAUGGGAUGAUCAAACACUGCCCUGAACCGAGCAAGGAAGAUGGGGUAGGGUAGCGCCACUGCCUCCUCUCCUUCCCAGACUGCCGUGGCCCAAUCCAGCACCUUUCCUUUAAGUAGCGAAAUCACCAGCCAUAUCCUGGCUUGGUCAGAUGGAUAUGCCCCAAGCUGACCCAGGAAGCUGCUACAUUUAGUAGUUUUACCGUCAUAGCGCUCCGGUAGGGCGAGGGUUCCCGCAGAAGUGGGUGAUAGCACGGGAACAGGUGGAUUGGGGGCACUCGCUGCUCCUGAGGUGGAACCGGAGCGCUGAGCAGAUUAUGCAGAGUUUGGAGCACUUCCUGCAUGGCGGCGUUCAACUGGGCAAGCUGCUGCUGGUGCUGGUCGAGGCACUGGGAAGCUCCUGCUGCAUCCAUUUUCGUUUUGUGUGUAAUUCUGUGACGAGUACAGAUUAUACGAAGAGGCAGGACGCAGACGCAGGAAUUAACAAGGUCAAGGUUUACUUAACAAUGACAAAGAGAAAUAACAAAGAUAAAGUAAACGACAUAACGCUAAACAAUCACACACAACAUCAUCCAGAACAGUCCAGGGCUAAAUAGAAGUGGUGAUGAGAUGAUGAGGUGCAGGUGCGCUGGAGGUGAUUAGGGUGCGUUGGGUUUCCAUUCCGGUGUUGCCAAGGUGGUGCGCUCAGACCGGUGGCUCAGUAGAACGGCGAAUCAGAGCGCCGGAGGGGAGCAACAGGAGGAGACGUGACAACAGGAGGAGCUCGUACGUGCGGAGUGCAUUUUUUUCUCUCUCUCUCUGUCAUCUCUGCACUUGUACAUGUACUGUACAUACUUUCCCCCCCAUUGUGUGCUGCUGAGGCUGUGGGUGACUCAGGCACAUUGUGGGACUAGCUAUCUGUGGAUGGUGUCGUUUGGGGAAAGGAAGAGAUCGAAGAGGAGACAUUCGGCGGCGCAGGCUUGGCCAGUGAUCAGGGAUGAAUGGCUUCAAAAAGAAAAGGAAAGCCGCAAACUCUAGGAGCUCAGAUGCAAUAAUUUAAUAUCUUAAUAACCAACGUUUCGACAGACAAGCUGUCUUCAUCAGGGUAUAAUGACAAACACUGCGGGUCACUGGUUUAUAUAGUGUGAAAGGACACACGCAGGUGUCUGUAAUCAUGGCCGGGUGUGGCCUAAUAGCAUUGGCCAAUUCACAGAUAAAAACAACAUACAAAAAACAUGGAUAGCAUAUGAUCAUAGAUACUUAGCUACAUAGGCCCACAACAUUUGCAAUGAAUAGCAAAAUCACAAGAAUGGCUUCAAAUCAAAGUCUACGUUGAGACCGAAGGGAGCAAGGGUCUUUAAAUGAAAGAUCCAGGCAGCCUCUCGUUUUAACAAUAAGUUGUCGAGGUCAACCCCUCUCCUAGGGAGGGUGACAUGUUCGAUGCCGAUAUAACGUAGGGAAGAAAUCGAGUGGUUCGAUUCCAAAAAGUGGGCAGCGACUGGGUAUGUCGAGUUUUGGCACCUAAUGGUGCUACGAUGCUCUGAGAUUCGUACUUUUAAUUCGCGCUUUGUUUUACCCACAUAAUUUUUACCACAAGGACAAGUUAUAAGAUAAAUAACUGCCUUAGUGGAGCACGUAAUAACACCUUUGAUUGGGAUCUGUUUCCCUGUUUGGGGGUGUUGGCAACACGGGAUGAAUGGCAACACGUCACAACAUGGGCCUACCAACAACAUCCAGUCCACCUGAACUACUAGUCAUCAUUCAGUCAUUGAGUGGGCAUGGACCUGAAGGAACACACACACUAGCUUAAAAAAAAGAAAGAAAGAAGAGAAUUUCGGACUGUUGUGUUACUUUCUGUGAAUAUUCUAGUCAGGCCUAUAUGUAAUCUAAAUGUUGGAGCUAUAUUGUUGCAUGUUGCAUGUUGCAUUUAGAUAGACUCUACAUCUUGUAAUUUUAAAAUGUGGACGUUUCUUUUGCAAAGGGGGGAGUACUGUGAGACCGUAAUUGGAGGACUUUCAUUUUUAUAACCGAUGCUGGGGCUCUGGGGUAUAAAGAGCAGGGGUUGCUGGGAUAGCUAUAGUUUAGAGUUUGGUGCCAAGCCAGGUGCCAGCUCUCAGCUCAUAUUUUUUAUCCUUUAUGUAAUUUGUCCCCUGAAGUUGUGUGGUUGCUCUAAUAAUUAAACCUUGAGUCAUAUCUGAAGUCGCAAUGUCCAUGGAUAAUCAUGCUUUACCCUGGCCUUACACUAGUUAGCAUUGGCUCACAAAACGACCUUUAACUUCCAUCAUACUGCACACAGAGACAUAAAAAUGCUAUCCAUACGAGUUCAUCUGAUUCUGGGUAAGUAGAAAAAUGGCUUAGUUGCCAGAAUCUUGCAGCAUCCCUAUAAAGGGAUACAUUAGUAUUUUUGCAAUGAAGCCCUUUAUCUACUUCCCCAGAGUCAGAUUAACUUGUGGAUACCAGUUUUAUGUCUCUGCAUACAGUUUGAAGGAAGCUGCUAUCUAUCGUUAGCGUAAUUGCUAACUAGCGUUACCGCAAUGACUGGAAGUCUAUUGUAACAGAUAGCAUGCCAGUAGAUACCAUAGACUACCAGUCAUUGCACUAACGCUAGUUAGCAUUGCCUUGCGAAACUACCUCUAGCUUCCUUAUAUGGGAUGCAGAUACAUAAACAUUGUAUCCAUGAGUUCAUCUGACUUUGGGGAAGUAGAUAAAGGGCUUCAUUGCCAAAAUCCCCAAAUAUCCCUUUAAAGUAACACAAGUAUUUGCAAGAAUAUUAAUAACAGUGCCUUUUUACAUGUUAUACUGUAUAUGAUCUCUACAUAAAUGUAGAAGUAUGUGAUAUUUUCCUGGCAGCACAGUGAACUUUGUAAUCCUGCAGUCACAUUCUCUUUCUGAAACUGUCAUGUUUCCUCCAGAGCCUAAGUUCAUUGGGUCGGUGGUGAUUCCUGAUAACGAUGACAGGGAUGAUGACAAGGUCUACUUCUUCUUCACGGAGAGAGGGAUGGACCCAGAGGGAGUUGACAAGGCUGUUUACACCCGGGUGGGACGGGUCUGUGCGGUGAGAACGGCACAAAUGCUCUGUUCUAUCAUGAAUGCCAGCAUAUCCAUACACUGUAUCAUGCCUUCCCUUCCUUUGCCUCCUUCUAACUCUAUUCUAUGUUAUUCUCUCUCCCCCUCUCCUCUCCUCUACCCCCACCCUCUAUCCCCUCCCUUCAGAAUGACCAAGGAGGUCAGAGGAUGUUGGUGAAUCGUUGGAGCUCCUUCCUAAAGACCCGUCUCAUCUGCUCUGUGGCUGGACCCAACGGCAUCGACACACACUUCGACGAGCUGGGUACGGCUGUGUGUGUUCCUGUGUGUGUGUGUCCGAGAGAAGGGGAUACACCUAUAGUACUUUCACUUGAUGGAACCCUAAAUCUCUCUCUCUUUCUCUCUCCCAUGUGUGUUUCAUUUCAGAGGAUGUAUUUGUGUUGAAGAACAAGAAUGAGAAGAAUCCAGAGAUAUUUGGCCUCUUCAGUACUACAAGGUCUGCCGAGAGAGUCACACUUAAACAGUUUAAUUUUUUCAAAAGAUUAACUGGUAUAUUGUAUUGAAUAUCUUCUCUCUCUCUCUCUCUCUACACCCCUCCCAUCCACAGUGCUGUGUUCCAGGGCUAUGCAGUAUGUGUGUACCACAUGGAUGUUGUGCGAGCAGCGUUCAACGGCCAAUUUGCACACCGUGAAAGACCAGAGCACCACUGGACCCCCUACGAAGGCCGGGUCCCCUACCCACGCCCCGGAUCUGUGAGUCACAAGCUACAGCUACAUCAUCUACUGACUUAUCAAUAGGCCCUAAACUACCUGAUUGGCUCUCCAUACCCAAUAAGUAAGUAUCCAUUCACUGCAUAGAUGGUGCAACACAAGAAAAUGGUAGUUUAGGAAUUUGCUUAAGAGUUGCACCUACAUUACAGCAAACUCCAUACUGUAUAUCCAAACAAUACACUUUCAACAAUGUCUUUCAAAAAUGUGAUAUUCCAGCAGCAGCAGCAUUGUACAUUUACAGCACUCCCCUUAUGUAUGUGUCUGUGGCAGCUGCCCUUUGCAGAGAAAGAGUGUUACAGGUCGUUGCAGAACAUUUCCUGUGAAUGUCAGAGCUACUGUAGCUGUCUCCGCAGGUCACAUCAGAGAAGAGGACAAUCAGUGCUAUCAUUAUACUGCAACAUACAGCUUCAAUAGUAAUCUUUCGAGUCUUUGACCGUGUAAUGCUAUUUUCUUAUUCCUAUGUUUCUUCUCCCCCCUCACUCUUCCGCUCUCUCUCUCUUUCUCCCUCUCAUUCUCUUUUCCUUCCUCUCUCUCUCUCCAGUGUGCUAGUAAGGUGAACGGUGGUGGGUUCUCUGGUUCUAAGGAGUUCCCUGAUGAGGUUCUGCGUUUCGUCCGUUCCUACCCCGUCAUGUUCAGCCCGGUCCUCCCCCUCCACAAAAAACCUGUCCUACUGCAGACGGAGCCAGGAGGGAGGAGGCUAACCCAGAUUGCUGUGGACCGUGUCCAGGCCCAGGACGGACACUACCACGUUCUGUACAUAGGCACAGGUACGCUCACUGACACUACACUAUGAUCAUCUGGUAGUGUUUAUCACCAGGGUUAUAGCUCCCUCAACUGGUCACAUACAGCAUUACAAUCACAAUCUACAGGAACAUAAGACCGGCACUGACAUCCCAAAACAAAGCCUUUGACUCUCUUCUAUUUGGAUGUCCUGGGUGGUUGUAUUGGUGAAGGUGUGAUAUUUACAUCAGUUAAUACUCUCUCCCGUAGAUGACUCUGUUGUGUUGAAAGUUAUCACCAUCUACAACAAAGAUACAGACACCAUAGAGGAAGUGCGACUGGAGGAACUGCAGGUGUUCAAGGUACUGUUGUUACUUUGCGCCACCAUAUGGCAAAAGAUGGCGAUUGCACAAUUACACAUUCUUGGCAUUCGACAAUUUGAUUUGUUUGUGGAAGUUCAAAAUGUUUUCAUAUUACUUAUUUCUAGGUGCCUGUGCCAAUAACUGAGAUCAUCAUAUCCGCAAAACGAGUAUGAAAACUAUUAACAUGUUAAAAUCUUAAGUUAAUAACAUCGUUACUAACAUUAUUUUGAAGCAUGGUUGUUUAAAACUGCAGUAUCUUCAUCUAGCCACAAGAUGACAGUGUAUUGUAUUGUAUUGAUUAUCUGAAUGUCAGGAAACGUAAUGACAGUAUGCAAAGCAUUUUAUGAUCUUGAUAUUUACUAAAAUGUGUACCUCCGUUAAUUUUGGUACCUGUGUUGUUGUUUUCAUAGCAACAGCUGUAUGUGGGUUCUGAGGUGGGUGUGGCUCAGGUGAGGCUCCAUCAAUGUGACCUGUACGGGUCAGAGUGUGCCGACUGUUGCCUAGCCAGGGACCCUUACUGUGCCUGGGACGGACUCACCUGCUCACAAUACUACCCUGCUGAGGUCUACACCAAGAAGUGAGACACAAACACACACCUCAUACACAAAGACACAGGCAUGUACAGUCACACACAGACACAUGCACAUGUGUACACACACACAGAGGUGCAGAGGCAUCACAUAGCAUUCAUUAGCACCUCAUCCAGCACCUCUAUCCUCCCUAAUCCCCUUCUUCUUUCUCACUCUCCCUUCACUCUCUUCCCUUUGACGCCACUCUGUCCUUAUCUCACUUUCCCAAAUGGCCAUCUAACACUCUCCUCCACUCCCCCUCUCUCUCUCUCAGCAGACGAUUCAGACGACAGGAUGUUCUCCAUGGCAACGCUGUACAGCUGUGCAAUGGGCUGCAGAUUGAUGGUCAGUCUGUGUGUGUGUGUUUGUGUGUGUGUGUGUGUGUGUGGGGGGGGGGGGGGGGGGGGGGGGGUAUUGUUUCAGACAGCUUAUAAUUUUGAAGCUCAAGUCCAUAAAAGCAUUGACCUGUGGAUGAUAGAAAGUGAUUACUCCUUCGCCAAUGGCCUUUGGCCUGGCUGGGGUAACAGAAAGGUCACUGCUGAAUUGUGUGUGUGUGUGUGUGUGUGUGUGUGUGUGUGUGUGUGUGUGUGUGUGUGUGUGUGUGUGUGUGUGUGUGUGUGUGUGUGUGUGUGUGUGUGUGUGUGUGUAGGGGAGAAGUACCAGGGUGCGGAGGAGAGGCAGGUGUAUGGGGUAGAGAAUAACAGUACUCUACUGGAGUGUACCCCUCCUUCUCUACAGGCCAGAGUUCUGUGGUACAUACAGAGAGGUCCAGACAGAGAGGAGGUGAGACAGACAUACAUACAUUCAGUGAGGGAAAAAAGUAUUUGAUCCCCUGCUGAUUUUGUAAGUUUGCCCACUGACAAAGAAAUUAUCAGUCUAUAAUUUUAAUGGUAGGUUUAUUUGAACAGUGAGAGACAGAAUAAUAACAAAAAAAAUCAGAAAUGUCAAAAAUGUUGAUUUGCAUUUUAAUGAGGGAAUAGGUAUUUGACCCCCUCUCAAUCAGAAAGAUUUCUGGCUCCCAGGUGUCUUUUAUACAGGUAACGAGCUGAGAUUAGGAGCACACUCUUAAAGGGAGUGCCUGUCCACAGAAGCAAUCAAUCAGAUUCCAAACUCUCCACUAUGGCCAAGACCAAAGAGCUCUCCAAGGAUGUCAGGGACAAGAUUGUAGACCUACACAAGGCUGGAAUGGGCUACAAGACCAUCGACAAGCAGCUUGAUGAGAAGGUGACAACAGUUGGUGCGAUUAAUCGCAAAUGGAAGAAACACAAAAGAACUGUCAAUCUCCCUCGGCCUGGGGCUCCAUGCAAAAUAUCACCUCAUGGAGUUGCAAUGAUCAUGAGAAUGGUGAGGAAUCAGCCCAGAACUACACGGGAGAAUCUUGUCAAUGAUCUCAAGGCAGCUGGGACCAUAGUCACCAAGAAAACAAUUGGUAACACACUACACCGUGAAAGACUGAAAUCCUGCAGCGCCCGCAAGGUGAGAUGUGUGUAAACCUUGUGGCCAACUACAAGAAACGUCUGACCUCUGUGAUUGCCAACAAGGGUUUUGCCACCAAGUACUAAAUCAUAUUUUGCAGAAGGGUCAAAUACUUAUUUCCCUCAUUAAAAUGCAAAUAAAUGUAUAACAUUUUUGACAUGCGUUUUUCUGGAUUUUUGUUUUGUUAUUCUGUCUCUCACUGUUCAAAUAAACCUACCAUUAAAAUUAUAGACUGAUCAUGUCUUUGUCAGUGGGCAAACGUACAAAAUCAGCAGGGGAUCAAAUACUUUUUUCCCUCACUGUACAUACUGUACAUACAUGCACACCACUUUCCUCCUUUCUUCCUUCCAUUCCCAUCUCUUCUUACCUCCCCUCCCUCUUCUCUCCCUCCCCCCAGGUCAGAGGUGAUGAUAGUGUAGUCAUGACGACCCACGGGCUGUUGUUCCUGAUUGUGCGGAGCGGGGACGCUGGCAUGUACGUGUGUCAGACGGUAGAACAUGGCUAUGUCCACACCGUACUGAGGGUCACGCUACAUGUGCUGGGAGGGGAGAGGGUCAGUGCCCUGAUACAGAGGACAGGGGAGGACGGAGAGGGAGAAGGGGAGACCACAGCAACCUCCUGUCACCUUCCCAUAAAUACCCAUCCAGGCCUCCACCCUGGUUCCAACUCUGAACCCACUUCCAUACUACCAGGAGCCCUACCAGGGUCCUCCCUAGCCCCUGCUCCAGCUCCAGCUCCAGGAUCUACCUCCAGGCUGCCUGCCCUAGCCCCAGGCCCUACCUCCCGGCUUUGGUACAAGGAGUUCCUCCAGCUGAUAGGAUAUUGGGAUACCCAGCGGCUGGAGGAGUACUGUGAGAGGGUCUGGUGCUCAGAGAAGAGACGCAGGAAGACCAAACGUAGAUACACCCAGCCACCGGGAAGAGGAGAGAGGAGGGCAAGGGGGAGGGGAGAGCCACACAGAACCCCCAGACACACCUUGGACACCUGA